GCGACCCCCCGCCUCGCCCAGGCUUUUCUGCCGCCGCUGGCGCCGCGCCCUCCCUGGAGCCCGGGACGGGCGGGAGCGCGCAGGCGGUUGCACCCUUCCCUCUGCCCUUCUAGGAAAUCUUCCCCCUUCACCGCGCUCGGGAAACUGCUCUUCCCCCGGACCUGGAAGCCCGGAACCCCUGAAUUUCGUGUUCAGAGCCCACUUUUCGGGCCUCUGACCUUUCUUUUCCAUCUACCCUGAGUCAACUCAUUCUCGUUUUCUCCCUUUCUCGCGGCGUCCUGGUAGUGGACAUCUUCCUGCUGGGGAGAGGGAAGCAUGGGGCCUGCUAGGGUACCUGUGCCUCGGGAGGAGGCUGGAAGACUUGUCGCCCUCCCUACUUCCUCAGGUUCUGUGUAAUCCGCUGCCCUUUUGGAAAUCGGGCAAGGGUUGUGGCCGGAUGCCUCUGUGACCGGCUGGUCUUCAGUAUGCCAUACAGCAGUAACAUGUUCCCUGCGCUGGAAACAGAGCUCAAGCAGGAGACUUUUCCUGACCCCUAUGAAGCCUUUAUGUACCAUCACCUCCAGUACUAUGGCUACUUUAAAGCUCAAAGAGACAGUUUACCAAACUCUGCUAUGCACCAGCAUGUUUGGAAGAAUAAUCCCCGAUUUGUCUUGAGUGGCUCCUUUGGGGAAAGAGAUGAUUUGAUACCAGACCCCCUGCAAAAGAAGAAGCUUCAAUGGCCUGCCUGUGUAUCUUCAGCUGUGCACAGAGCGACAGAAGCUGUGAGCAGAGAUUCCUUUAUGCUGAGUUCACUGCUUCUCAAGAGCAGACAGCUUCUUCAUGAUGAGUUUGGCAAAGUAAACCCACGUCUUCGAGAACCCCGAGAUCUCUUUGCUUUUUGCUCUGGCAGCGGGCUACUGCAGGCUCCAAGAUGGCCAAUAGAAUGUGAGGUCAUCAAGGAAAACAUUCAUCAUAUUGAGGGAGUUCCACCUCAGCCAGAAUAUUUUUAUCAACCUACAGGAAAUGAAAAGGUACCAGAAAUUGUAGGAGAGGAAAAAGGCACAGUUGUCUAUCAAUUAGAUUCAGUGCCCACCAAAGGCUCUUACUUCACCAGUUCCCGAGUGGGAGGCAAACGGGGAAUUAUCAAGGAACUCGCCGUCACGUUGCAAGGACCAGAAGAUAACACUCUCCUUUUUGAAUCCAGGUUUGAGAGUGGGAAUCUGCAGAAAGCUGUCAGAGUAGACACCUAUGAGUAUGAACUCACCUUGAGAACAGACCUCUACACAAACAAACACACUCAGUGGUUUUAUUUUCGAGUUCAGAAUACCAGAAAAGAUGCCACCUAUCGCUUCACCAUCAUCAACUUGCUGAAACCCAAGAGCCUGUAUACUAUUGGGAUGAAGCCACUCAUGUACUCCCAGUUGGAUGCCAGCACCCACAACAUUGGCUGGAGGAGAGAAGGAAAUGAAAUCAAGUACUACAAGAACAACACGGAUGAUGGGCAGAAGCCCUUUUACUGUCUCACGUGGACCAUUCAGUUUCCACAUGACCAGGACACUUGCUUCUUUGCACACUUCUACCCAUAUACAUAUACAGACUUGCAGUGCUACCUUCUGUUGGUGGCAAACAACCCUGUCCAAUCUCAGUUCUGCAAACUCCGAACUUUAUGCAGGAGCCUAGCAGGAAAUACCGUCUACCUGCUCACCAUCACCAACCCAUCCCGGACCCCUCAAGAGGCUGCUGCAAAGAAAGCCGUGGUCUUGAGCGCCAGGGUCCACCCGGGGGAAAGUAAUGGCUCCUGGAUCAUGAAAGGCUUUUUGGACUUCAUUCUUAGCAACUCCCCAGAUGCUGAGCUCCUCAGAGAUAUCUUUGUCUUCAAAGUGGUUCCCAUGUUAAAUCCAGAUGGAGUCAUUGUGGGGAAUUACCGGUGUUCAUUGGCUGGACGGGACUUGAACAGGCAUUACAGAACCAUUCUGAAGGAGUCUUUCCCUUGCAUCUGGUAUACCAGGAACAUGAUCAAGAGACUUCUUGAAGAAAGGGAGGUUCUCCUGUAUUGUGAUUUCCAUGGCCACAGCCGUAAGAAUAACAUCUUCCUGUAUGGCUGCAAUAGCAAUGAUCGCAAGUACUGGCUUCAUGAGCGAGUCUUUCCUUUCAUGUUAAGCAAAAAUGCACCAGACAAGUUCUCUUUUCAUAGCUGUAAUUUUAAGGUCCAAAAGUGCAAAGAAGGAACGGGACGAGUGGUGAUGUGGCGGAUGGGAAUCCUGAACAGCUACACCAUGGAGUCUACCUUUGGCGGGUCCACCCUGGGGAAUAAAAGAGACACUCAUUUUACCACUGAGGAUCUGAAGUCCCUCGGCUAUCAUGUCUGUGACACCCUCCUGGACUUCUGUGAUCCUGACCGAACCAAGUUCAUGCAGUGUCUGGAAGAGCUUAAAGAACUCUUACAACAAGAAAUCUCUAAGAAAAUCAAUGAUUUUGGACAAGAUACGGAUUUCGAAGGAAGAUGGAAUGACAUCUCUUUGUCUGACAUUGAAUCCAGCACCAGUGGUUCUGACAGUUCCCUCUCAGACGGUCUCCCUGUUCACCUCCUGAACAUAGCAGAUGAGUUGAAUCAUAAGAAGAAGAUGUAUAAGAAGAAAAAAAUGAAGCCACUUCAGACAAGGAAACAGCGAAAUGAACAGUAUCAGAAAAAUAAUCUGAUACGGGUGUUGAAGUCAACAGAAGAUGCCCUGAAGAGGGAAGGAUUUGCUUCUAUGCUGCAAAAGCAGCCUACCUUAUUCAAAAAUUCAGAGAAUACCAGUUCUUCAACAGUAAGAAAUGGAAGACCAAGGACGAAUGAGUCACAGUUAAAUGAAAGAGACAAAGGCAUCUCCCUGGACCCGUCAAAAGCAACCACCUUGAUUGUGACUAAGAAUAAAGGAAGAAUGCAGAGAGAAAAGCCAGCAUUUACAGUAUCAUGCCCUACAAAGAGAAGCACAAACACCAGCCAAAAGCCAACUCCAGAUGCGAAGCCAGACUGGCCCAGGAACAGAUUUCUUGCCACAAGGAGAGAGCGCACCACCAUGACAUUGUACCCGUCCUUGCACAUAUACACAUACCCGUAGGGUGCCUGGGCUCGGGGAGGCACAUUAGUGAUGAGGGAGCUGUGUGGCUGGGCUCGGUGGUGUGUACUGUGUUGUGCAUUCGAGUGCACGGACCUCACUGUGUGCAUGCCUUCGAGGAGCAUUCCUCACGAAUUUAAUUAUUUUUCAUAAAAUGAAACUUUAUUAUGAUGUAUAGAAAACCUUCUUUAGCAGAAUUUGAAGUAUGUGCUCAUGGAACUACAGCACAGAUAUACCUCAUUUUAACCAAUAGAUAAGAUAUUCUGUCUAAAAUUAUGUGCAAAUCAAUUGUAAAAGCUCAGACUCUGUUUUAAAUGUACUCUGUGAGUGUACUGUAUUAAAUGCGUGUUGGAGCUCCCCAGCAGUGCACGAUCUCAGACUGGGAUUUCAGGCUUGCUCAGGACAAGGUAUUACCACGUACAGAAAGUAAUUCAUAUAUUACCCGGAAUUUAAUGUUGCAUAUAUUAUGUUCAACACGGUUAUGUAAGUUUUAAAACCCACUGAUUAAAAUUUGUU